GUUACCGAGAAAUUAUUAUCAAAUAACAAAUUUGUUUACUUUUCAAAAAAAAAAAACAAACUAAAAUUUUCCUAAAAUAACACAACAAAAAGAAAAAAACGUCAUGUCCCGCAUUGGUAUAAAUGGUUUUGGACGCAUUGGCCGCAUAUUUCUAAGACGUUGUCUCAAAAAAGAUGCCUGUGUUUUGGCUAUCAAUGAUCCCAUGAUUAAGCUAGACUAUAUGGCUUAUCUAUUGAAACAUGAUUCUACCCAUGGUCGCCUUAAUGCCUCCAUAUGUGCCGAUGAUAAAAAUCUUAUAGUGGAUGGUAGAAAAAUACGUAUAUUCAAUGAAAAAGAUCCGGAAAAGAUUAACUGGUCAGAUGCAGCUGUUGAAUAUGUAGUAGAAGCAACUGGUAAAUUUCUAACUAAAGAAACGGCUGGUAAACAUCUUAAGGGUUCGGUUAAGAAAGUAAUCAUUUCGGCACCUUCUAAAGAUGCUCCCAUGUUUGUGUGUGGUGUUAAUUUGGAUAAAUACAAGCCCGAUAUGAAUGUUGUCUCAAAUGCCUCUUGCACGACCAAUGGUUUGGCGCCGCUGGCGAAAGUAGUACAUGAGAAAUUCGGUAUUGUUGAGGGUUUAAUGACCACCUGUCAUGCUUUGACGGCCACUCAGGCUACUGUGGAUGCGGCCAAAUCGAAAUGGCGUAGUGGCCGGGGAGCUUUACAAAAUAUUAUUCCCGCUUCUACGGGGGCUGCUCAGGCGGUGGGAAAAGUUAUACCCGAACUAAAUGGUAAAUUAACUGGCAUGGCUUUUCGUGUGCCCACCGCUAAUGUUUCCGUGGUUGAUUUAACGGUACGCUUAAAGAACCCCGCUAAGGCAGAGAUUUUAAGAAAAGAAAUAAAAGCAGCUGCUGAAGGUCCUCUUAAAGGUAUACUUGGUUAUACAGAAGAUGAGGUAGUCUCAUCGGAUUUUAAUACUUAUUCCAUUUCAUCGGUAUUUGAUGCAAAAGCUAGUAUUUCUUUAAAUGAUAAUUUUCACAAGUUGAUUGCCUGGUACGAUAAUGAAUAUGGUUAUUGUUGUCGUUUGUAUGAUUUAAUCGAACACUUGCAGAAGGCGGGUGAUGGUAAAUGUAAAUAAUUGUUGUAUAUUUUUAUUAUUUAUUCUUUUGAUGUUUCUUUAAUUUAAAUAAACUUUUUAAUUAAAAAAGUAUUAUGUUUAAACGUUUUCUGAAGGAUGUUGUUGUAACAGGUUGGCUGUAACUGGAUGUUAUUCCCUGGGGAAAAAACUUCCGGUUGAUACAGCUAUUGCUGAGUUGACAAUCUUUGGCAGAUUGAGAAUAGGUUCGUUCUGGAGCGGAAAUCCAAUUCUCGUGGCAACGUUUUUUGAACGACAGCGGGGUUAGAUGAUAAGAUUUCAAUUAUUUUUCUAAUUUUACAUUAGAAUAUAAACUAUAUUAGCUAAUUUUUUCUUUUUAUUUCUGUUUACCCACUUUAAAU